AUGCUCUCAAGAAAUGAAUUAGAUCCUUAUGUUAAAAGUCUUAAUCAAUACCUUAGAGGAAAAUCAAGUGUACUUGUUAAAAUGAAUAAAAUUGUUGAUUUUGUCCCAACACAAGGUUAUGUAUCAGAAGAUGAACAUGCAUUUAAAUCUGCUCAAUGUCGAUCAAGUUCUAAUGCUAUUGCUUAUCCAGCUGAUGUUGAUAAUAUUAAGAAUAUAACUUAUAUAUCAGAGAAUGGUCAUGAUAAUAACUGUAGUUCACUUGAAACCAAAUGGUUUCCUUAUGAGGAUAAAAAAGAACGUCAAGAUGUAUAUCAAGCACCGUACGUAUGGGUUAAAUUUAAUCAAGUUAAACCAAAUGUAUUAAUCAAUGUUAUAUGUCGAGUAUUUGAUGCAAAUAUUAAUUUUGAUAAACAAUCAUCUCGAGCUCUAACACGUUUUCAAAUAUACAUAAAAGAUAUACCAAAAAGUAUAUUAUCAAGUUAA